AUGCUUCGGCACCUGCUUCCUGCUGCUGUCAUAUGUCUUGGCCUCGUCACCGCGCAAUCUGGCGGCAUCAUCGAGACGCUCAGCGGCGCCGACGAGCUGUCCGACCUGGUGGCUUACCUGGACAGCUUCCCUGACCUGACCGUGUGGCUGCAAGGCCUGUCGGAUGUGACCUUCCUUGCGCCAAACAACGAUGCAUUUGCCGCCCUGGCCGACUCGUCGACCAUCCCGAGUAUCCCGCUCGACGAGGCCGACGCCGAGGCCCUGAUGAGCUACCACGUACUGAACGGAACGUAUUAUCACUUCCGAUCCGACGAAUACCAGCUGGUCACGACGGCCCUGUCGGCGUCGCAGUACGCCAACGUCUCGGGCGGCCAGAUCGUCGCGGCCAAGGGGUCGCCGUGGUCGGACGCCAUCACCUUCACGUCCGGCAACCUUCAGACGUCCGAGGCCGACGGGACCGUCUUGACCUUCACCGGUGGUAUCAUCAUUAUCAUCGACUCGUUCCUGACACUGCCCCUGACCUUUACGGAGACCGUCGACGAGCAGGACAUGCUUGGGGGACCAUCGUUCGCCGAGGCGGUGGUGACGGUGCCCACGACGGGGCAGAAUCUGACCAUUGACCAGCUGUCGGAUGUGACGGUGUUUCUGCCCAUGAACUAUUCUCUGCAGGAGAUCGGCAACGUGAUUGAGAACAUGACCUGGGCCGAGCUCGAGCGGCUGGUGUCGUACCACAUCAUCGACCAGGUCCUGGACAUCAACCCGGACUCGCCACCGAGCGGACAGUACUCGACGUACGAGGGUUCCGAGGUGACCAUCUUCAGCCAGAACGGCUUCGUGUUUAUCAACAACGCCCGCGUCGUCGGGUCGGCCGACUGGGUGUUUAGCGGCGGCAUGAUCUACACAAUCUACGGAGUCCUCAACCCAGACAACACCACGGUCGACCCGAACAUCAACGACGCCGAGAUCGCAUUCGCCGACGCCUCGUUCACCUUGGACUUCACAUUCCCGUCGCCAGAGUCGCCCACGCCGCCCGCGAGUUCGACCGGGGGAUCAACACAUUCUUCAGGCGGCCUGUCGAACGGGGCAAAAGCCGGCAUCGGUGUGGCCGUGGCGGCGGCGGCCGCGAUUCUGAUCGGGGCGUUCUUCUUCGUCCGCGAGAGACGAUACCGCGCGGCGAAUAGCGAGCUGGGGGCCCGGCGGUCUUCACCGCGGAAGGGCUUCCAGUAUCCGCUCCAGUACCCGCAGCAGCAGUAUGCGCUGAAGGACCUGGAGGUGUCGAUCUCGCACAGCGAGCUGGUCGCCAACGCCGCCCCGCCUGCCAGGGGACCUAUCAAGGAUUUGACUCCGACGGUCAGCGUGUACUCGUUGCGCUAG